UUGAUAAUAACCAAUCGAAACUGUUGUUGCUAAAGGUGCGAAGAAAGAAGUUUGAGUGCGAAGAAAGAAGAUGUGCGAGGAAAGAUUGACAAUUAGGUUGCUACCAAAGUAACGUUUAGGCAAAUUUAUCUUUCUUGUUUGCAGUAACUUUACUAAAAAGAUGGCAGAAAAUAUCGAUUACUCAGACAUUGUUCAUCAUUUGAGAUUGUCCUUUAAUCAAGGAAAAAUAAGGCCAGUUGAGCAACGAAUUCAACAACUGAAGCAGUUUUUGAAGAUGAUGACUGAAAAUAAAGAAUUAUUUGUCGAAGCUCUUCAUCAAGAUCUACGUAAACCAGCUUUUGAAGCGACAAUAAUGGAGUACACUGUGGUUGUUGCCGAGCUCACCAAGUUUAUCGACAAUCUUCCUUCCUGGGCAGCAUUCCAGAGAACUGAUGCCGAUUUGCUGAAUAAAUUUAACACUUGUGGCAUACAGUAUGAGCCAUAUGGUGUUGCUUUGAUUAUUGGAGCAUGGAAUUAUCCCCUACUUCUUUUGCUCCAACCUUUGAUCGGUUGCAUUGGUGCAGGUAACUGCGCAGUCUUAAAACCGUCUGAACUGUCCCCUGUCACUGCAUCUCUUAUUGAAAGUCUUGUUCCGCGGUACCUUGAUGAAGACUGUUUCAGAGUUAUCGCUGGUGGAAAGGAUGAGACAUCAGCACUCCUUAGAGAAAGGUUCGAUUAUAUGUUUUACACAGGUGGUCAUGUCGUCGGGCAGAUAGUCAUGCAAGCUGCAGCCAAGUAUCUCACUCCAGUGACAUUGGAGCUUGGCGGAAAGAGUCCAUGCUAUGUAGAUGGCGAUUGCAACUUUGACAUCACUGCCCGUAGAAUUAUUUGGGGGAAGUAUGUGAACGGUGGUCAAACAUGUCUUGCCCCAGAUUACAUUCUUUGCACCAAAGAAACUGAAGAAAAACUCACCCUAUCUCUUAAAAAAGCUCUCAAAGAAUUUUAUGGAGAGAAUCCAAAGGAAUCCAAAGAUCUGGCCAGGAUUAUAAAUGAAAGACAUUUUCAGAGAAUAAGAAAUUUGAUAAAUCAAGAGAAAGUUGUAAUUGGUGGUGAUGUUGAUGAAGAUGAGAAAUACAUUUCCCCAACUGUCAUGACAGAUGUCACCUCUGAAGAUGCAGUGAUGAAGGAGGAAAUAUUUGGUCCUUUACUCCCAAUAGUCAAAGUUAUUUCUGCCACUGAAGCAGUGAAGUUUAUCAACAAAAGGGAAAAACCAUUGGCUCUCUAUGUCUUCUCUAAAACAGAAAGCAUCAUUGAUAAAUUCAUCAAUGAAACUUCCUCUGGAGCAGUCUGUGUGAAUGAUUCAAUUGUUCAAGCAGCAGUACCUUCUUUGCCAUUUGGUGGUAUUGGUCAAAGUGGUAUGGGAGCAUAUCAUGGCAAGUUUUCUUUUGAGUGUUUUUCACACAGGAAAGCAUGCCUUAUCAAGAAGCAGAAUUUGGAAGCUUUAAAUGCAAUAAGGUAUCCUCCAUACACUGACUCAAACAUGAAAACAGCAUGCUGGUUCCUGAUGCCAUCAAGGAAUUCCAAGUAUAUGAAAUUUUUCUUCUAUUUUGCUGUUUUUAGUACUGCCGUCUAUUUGUUAAAGUCUUACAACUGCCUGGCAACUGUUUCUAGACUCUGGAAAUGAGUAACAUGCAGUGUGCAAUUGCAUAGAUCACUUACAUGGAACAUUUUACUUGAAGCAAGAGAGUUAAUGAAGAACUGAUUUUCUUUCCAAAUUACCCAGCAAAGCUGUUCCAUGAUUUUUAUAUCUUAGAGUGAUGUUAUUUCCCAAGUAGUGCAAAAUAAAGAGGAUUCUGUAUUCCUUCCUAAAAGCCCAUCUUGCUUCAUGUAGAGCUGUCCAUGAAGUUCGAGCCUGGCUAUUAUUCUCAAUUUUUGUCUCAGAUUUUAACAAUUUUGAGCCUCAGUAUUGCUAAAGAAAGUGUGUUCAGAAAUGUACAAGACAGUGUACUACUUUUCUAUAUAAGCCCUGGUUUCAACUUUUGAGGAAAUUGAAGAGCAUGUCAACUGGUUGUUUAAAAAUAUUUCUUGUUAUUGUUAUUUGCCAUUGCUGGGUGAGUCUA